AUGGAUCCCCUCCGGCCUAGCGAAUCGGCCGCAAACCGUGGUCCGAGAUCAAAUACUCGCAAGCGUUCCAGAGAGCCAGAUGAUAUGUCCUCUCCGGCUCCAUUGCCCCCCUCUAGUCCUACUGCACUCGGCUCAUCUCCUCCCCCGAUGCCAUUUGAUGACGAUGAGGAGGAAGAAGAAGAUCCUGAGCUAGUGCCUGAUAUUGAUGAUAUGGAUGAGCUGGCCGAAGAUGAGGAUGGCAUUGACCUGUUCGGCGACAGUUUUGAGCGGGAUUAUCGCGAUGGCCAGGAAGAUCGGUACGAGAACGAGGCAUACAUUGAUGACGAUGGAGAUCACCAAGAGCUGGAUGCCGCCGCUCGCCGACAAUUGGAUGCUCGGUUAAAUAUCAGAGAUCGUGAAUUUGCCCGUCGACGUCGCAUGCCGGCCGCUUUCUUGCAGGAUGAUGAUGAAAUGUCGCUUGAUCUCUCGCGUCAGCCGCGUCGUCGGCGUCACCACUACGAUGAGGAUAAUGAUGAUAUGGAUAUGGCCGAUGAGGGCAUGGAAGAGCUGUCGCUGGAAGAGUUGGCCGAUGUAAAGGCAGCCAAUAUCACAGACUGGGUCACUCAGCCCCAGGUCCUUCGCUCAAUCUACCGCGAGUUCAAAGCCUUCUUGACUGAGUUUAUCGACCCUAGCGGCCACUCUGUCUACGGUAACCGAAUCAAGACUCUUGGCGAGGUUAAUUCGGCUUCCCUGGAGGUGUCUUACGCCCAUUUGAGCGAGACUAAGGCUGCUCUGUCCUACUUUUUGGCCAAUGAACCCACCGAGAUCUUGAAGGUUUUUGAUCAGGUUGCUCUUGACGUAACACUCUUCCACUACCCUCAAUACCACGACAUUCACAACGAAAUCCACGUCCGCAUUACCGAUGUGCCCAUCAUCUACACUCUCCGUCAGCUUCGCCAGUCUCACCUCAACUGUCUUGUCCGCGUUGGUGGAGUAGUUACCCGCCGCACAGGCGUGUUCCCCCAGCUGAAGUACGUGAUGUUCAAGUGCCAGAAGUGUGGUAUCACCCUUGGUCCGUUCCAGCAAGAAGCUAGCGCCGAGGUGAAGAUCUCUUUCUGCCAAAACUGCCAGAGUCGUGGUCCCUUCACCGUGAACACUGAGAAGACCGUCUACCGCAACUACCAGAAGUUGACUCUGCAGGAGUCUCCCGGCUCUGUCCCCGCUGGUCGUCUUCCCCGUCAGCGUGAAAUCAUUCUGCUGGCUGAUCUGAUCGACUCGGCUAAGCCCGGUGACGAGAUCGAAAUCACUGGUAUCUACCGCAACAGCUAUGAUGCGCAGUUGAACAACAAAAAUGGCUUCCCUGUGUUUGCCACCAUUAUUGAGGCGAAUCACGUAGUCAAAUCACACGACCAGCUGGCUGGAUUUAACUUGACUGAGGAGGAUGAGCGUGAGAUUCGAGCUCUCUCCCGCGACCCUGAGAUUGUGGACAAGAUUGUUCGCUCUAUGGCUCCCAGUAUCUACGGUCACCUGGAUGUGAAGACCGCUGUCGCACUCUCACUCUUUGGCGGUGUGAGCAAACAGGCCCAGGGUAAGAUGAACAUUCGUGGUGACAUCAACGUUCUGCUGCUUGGUGACCCCGGUACUGCCAAGUCACAGGUGCUCAAGUUCGUGGAGAAAACAGCCCACCGAGCCGUCUUUGCAACGGGUCAGGGUGCUAGUGCCGUCGGUUUGACAGCUAGUGUUCGCCGCGACCCUCUGACCAGCGAGUGGACUCUGGAGGGUGGUGCGCUGGUGUUGGCCGAUCGCGGUACAUGUUUGAUUGACGAGUUUGACAAGAUGAAUGACCAAGAUCGAACUUCUAUCCAUGAAGCUAUGGAACAACAGACCAUUUCCAUCUCCAAGGCUGGUAUUGUCACCACCCUUCAGGCUCGCUGCUCAGUCGUCGCCGCUGCCAAUCCCACAGGUGGUCGAUACAACGCCACCAAGCCCUUCUCACAAAACGUGGAAUUGACCGAGCCUAUCCUUUCCCGUUUCGACAUUCUGUGCGUGGUGCGCGACUUGGUUGAUCCGACCGAAGACGAGCGCUUGGCCAAUUUCGUGAUUGAGUCUCAUCACCGUUCUAACCCACUCCGACCUCUGCGCAAUGACUUGGGUGAUCUGGUUAACACUGAGGGUCACCUCGUCGAUGAAGAGGGCUAUCGCAUCGACCAGAACGGCCGCUUGCCUCUUUCGCAAGAUGAGCUGGCCCAUCGUGCCGCUGAGAAGAAGAAGGCUGAAGAUGAGAGGGAAGGCGAGAUUCCGCAAGAGUUGCUGCGCAAGUACAUCCUGUACGCCCGCGAACGAUGCCACCCAAAGCUGUACCAGAUCGACCAGGACAAGAUCGCCCGUCUAUUCGCGGAUAUGCGUCGCGAGUCUCUCGCUACUGGAGCCUACCCCAUCACUGUCCGUCAUCUCGAAGCCAUCAUGCGUAUUUCUGAGUCCUUCUGCAAGAUGCGUCUAUCAGAGUAUGUUUCCUCGCAGGAUAUCGACCGUGCCAUCGCCGUGACUGUGGAAUCUUUCAUCGGUAGCCAGAAGAUCAGCUGCAAGAAGGCGUUGUCUCGUGCAUUUGCUAAGUACACCCUCGCCCGACCCAAGGCGCAAUCCAAGCGUCGAGCUGGUGUCGCCAGGCCAGACGGCAAUGUGCCGCGUACUGUGUCCACGGCGCAUUAA